CGAAGGUAGUGGUCGUGGUUGUCUACUGGAAGAAGCAAGUGCUUCCUUUGGUCUUGCUUGCUGCCAGCUUGGCAGCUUAAUCUGGAAAACAUCUUUGACUGUAACAGGGACACGUAUUUACGAUGCCAUCCCCAAUGGAGGGAUCUUCCAGAGAAAGUGACCUGUUUACUGUGAAACAUGAGCUGAAAAAUGCCAACCUGACAGGCCAUGUGGAGAGGGUGGGCAUUGAAAACUUUGAGCUUUUAAGGGUUCUGGGCACAGGAGCAUAUGGCAAGGUGUUCCUGGUCAGGAAAGUGAGUGGCCAUGAUGCAGGGAAACUGUACGCCAUGAAAGUUUUGAAGAAGGCCACAAUUGUACAGAAGGCAAAGACUGCUGAACACACACGGGCGGAGCGGCAAGUGCUCGAACAUAUCCGCCAGUCUCCAUUCCUUGUAACACUUCACUAUGCCUUCCAGACUGACACCAAGCUGCAUCUCAUUCUUGAUUAUGUAAAUGGUGGGGAGCUCUUCACACACUUGGUGCAGAGAGUGCGGUUUAAGGAGCAAGAAGUAGCCUUAUACAGUGGAGAGAUUGUGUUGGCACUAGAACACCUACACAAGCUUGGGAUUGUCUAUCGGGACUUGAAACUUGAGAAUAUUCUUCUGGAUUCAAAUGGUCAUAUAGUUCUUACAGACUUCGGCCUUAGUAAAGAAUUUGAUCAGGUUGAAAGAGCUUUCUCUGUUUGUGGCACCAUUGAAUACAUGGCUCCAGAAAUAGUUGAAGGGGGAGAGUCUGGACAUGACAAGGCAGUGGAUUGGUGGAGCCUCGGCGUUUUGAUGUACGAGCUUUUGACUGGCGGAUCACCCUUCACAGUCGAUGGAGAUGAGAACUCGCACACAGAUAUUGCCAAGAGGAUCUCCAAAAAGGAUCCACCUUUCCCCAAAGACAUGGGACCUCUGGCCAAAGAUGUGAUCCAGCGUCUCCUCAUCAAAGAUCCAAAGAAGAGAUUAGGCUCAGGUCCUAAUGGAGCAGAGAAUGUGAAGAAUCAUCCAUUUUAUCAGAAAAUUAAUUGGGAGGACUUGGCAGCUAAGAAGGUGCCUGCACCCUUCAAGCCGGUGAUUCGGGAUGAGCUUGAUGUCAGCAACUUUGCAGAUGAGUUCACAGAGAUGGACCCUACCUACUCCCCUGCAGCUCUGCCUCAGAACUGUGACCGCAUCUUCCAGGGAUACUCUUUCAUGGCCCCUUCCAUCCUGUUCAAGAGGAAUGUGGUGAUGGACGACCCAGUCCAGCUGUGUGGGGGCUCUGAGAGGCCAGGCUCUGCUGCGGUGGCCCGCAGCGCCAUGAUGAAGGACUCGCCUUUCUAUAUGAGUUAUGAGAUGGACCUGAAGGACACUGCUCUGGGAGAGGGUAGCUUCUCCAUCUGUAGACGCUGCACACACAAGAAGACUGGACAGGAAUAUGCAGUCAAGAUUGUCAGCAAGAGGAUGGAGGCACAGACUCAGCGGGAAAUCGCAGCCUUGAAGCUUUGCGAUGGCCAUCCUAACAUUGUCAAGUUACAUGAAAUCUACCACGACCAGCUCCAUACAUACCUGGUUCUGGAGCUGCUUGGUGGAGGGGAAUUGCUGGAGAGGAUCCGCAGGAAGCAGCAUUUCAGCGAAACAGAGGCCAGUCGCAUCAUGCGCAAACUGGUGUCUGCUGUCAGCCACAUGCAUGAUGUAGGAGUGGUGCACAGGGACCUGAAACCGGAGAACCUGCUCUUCACAGAUGAGAGUGAGAACUCUGAGAUAAAAAUCAUAGACUUUGGCUUUGCUCGCCUAAAACCACCAGACAAUCAGCUUCUGAAGACCCCUUGCUUCACCCUGCAGUACGCUGCUCCAGAGAUACUCAAAUACGACGGCUAUGAUGAGUCCUGCGACUUGUGGAGUCUGGGGGUCAUUCUGUACACCAUGCUGUCUGGACAGGUGCCUUUUCAGUGUCAGGAGAAGAGCCUGACUCACACCAGUGCUGAAGAGAUUAUGAAGAAAAUCAAACAGGGAGACUUUUCUUUUGAAGGACAAGCCUGGAGAAAUGUGUCCCAGCAAGCUAAGGACCUGAUACAAGAGCUGCUGACAGUGGACCCAAACAAGAGGAUUAAGAUGUGUGGUCUCCGUUACAAUGCCUGGCUCCAGGCCGACAGCCAGCUGUCCUCCAACCCACUCAUGACCCCGGACAUACUCGGCUCCUCCACUGCCUCCGUCCACACUUGCGUCAAAGCUACUUUUAAUGCAUUCAACAAAUGUAAGCGGGAAGGUUUCCGCCUACAAACGGUAGACAAGGCGCCACUCGCCAAAAGGAGGAAAAUGAAAAAGACAAGUACCAGCACAGAGACCCGCAGCAGUUCCAGUGAGAGCACCCAUUCUUCCUCCUCCUCGUCUCAAUCUCAGGAGAAGACUUUUCCAGAGGGCGAGGCUAACCCACAGCCCUCAAACAGCACUCCUGUCAACACACCGGUGGCCCCGGGAACAGACUCUGGGUAUCAGCCAAUACCUCCAGCCUUUGACUUCUCAGAAGGACUGUGAGACAGUGAGACAAAAAAAAAAUCCAGAUUCAGUUUCACAAACCGAAGGAUGGCUGCGACCAAUGUGGAAAUGGCUCUCUUCUUUUUUUUUUUUUUUUUUUUCCUGUGGCUCAAUUGCAUGGAUGUCCGUUUAUCUUCAAAACCAAGCAUGCAGCAGGAGCAGCAACUGUCACCUCAAUAUCAAUCAAUCAUCACUAGCAAUAGCCUAUCUUUUCUUUUUCUCUGACUUUCACAAACACACACUGUAUCAAUCAGGGACUGGACCAGGAAGGAGUUGUUACCGGUGUCAGAAGUGAAAAGGGCUGCCCCACUGUCCCUGGUCCAGGCAGACAAUGGAGAGACGUUGUCAGUCUCAUCAUAAAAUCAAUAUCGCUGUUCUCUCCAGUCACCUGUCUUUGUCCAUGUCUCCAGGGGUUUUAAAGGGAAAGUUGCAGUGUUUACCAUGGAUGCUUUGUAUUUUCCGUCAAAGGGAGAAGAGAAAUGCUUCGUAAUCUUGGGCUUACUUCUUUUCUGAGAAGUCUCUGCAAGAUGGAGCAGAAUAUUUAUAUGUGAAUUUUACAGACUGAAAUUUAUUUAUGAUGAGCUAUAUUGUUAACUUAUUAAUGGUUCUAAAGGAUCCAAAAGGAAAUUAUGAAUACAGUGAAAAGGCAUAGUUUCUGUGUUGGUUUGGUUCAUUUUAGCUCAACAGGCUCCUUUCAUAUAGUCAGGUCAUCCGUACUACUUUGUAUUUAUUAUCCACAUCAAUGCAACUAGCAGGUUGAGACAGUUAUGUAAACAGUGUGAGAUAGGGAUAGGGAGAUGGGGAAUUUGGGGAAUUGAACUGCAGCUGUGGCCAGUGGUUCAAAAAUAAAUGAAUAAAUAAUUUCCUUUCUUUGCAUAGAUAAAAGAAGCAAAAAUGUAAACAUUAGUCGGAAAAACCAAAUGCAGAAGGAUUACAUUCUAUGGAAUUCAUUGUUUUACGGUUGUGUGGGGAAUACUGCUGCCUGCAGGGAUGCAACCCUCCCAGAAGAGCUAAAUUUAGACUUAUUGCCUCUGAUGUGGGAAUAUGACCACUUCAAGACUCAACAUGGGUGCAGCUCCACACUGUCCCAUCCCUCAGGUCAGUAUUUAACCCAGCAGUGGGUUUCCUUUGUGUGGUAAUGUACAAGACUUAAUUGUCUCAUUAUCACUGCAACCAAUUGGAUUUGUUAAAAUGUCCCAAAUGGAAAAUCCAGAUCAGCCUCCUAUUAGUGGGACGUUAAGUGUCCUCUGAUGUAAAGUACCAGGUUGCAGUUUUAAUUGGCUUCCUUUUCAGAUAUAACAAAAUGUAAUUAUUUUGCAAAGGGAAUAUUUUAGUGCCAAAAUUGCAAGUAAAUCAAAUAUUGAUUGAGUUUUCAUCUGAGUACGUAAGGUCAUUCCAAGGUAAUAUAGUGCAAAACGUUACUCAUUGUGUUGCUUUACUGCAAAACUUAAACUCUUAUUGAAAAGUUCUAAUUUACAAACUUAAGACAAACCCCUUUGCUUUCGAUGCUGUUUUCGCUCUAUUUACCACGUCGCACUGCAUGACUGAAAUGGUGAUCUUUGCACUGUGUGACAGCUCGCACUUCUAGGCUGAUCUCUAGUUAUUAAGUCUUCAGUGCACGAUCUGAACUGAAAAAUAUUAACCACUUUUUUUUUUCAUUUUGUUUUUUAUUGGCAUUAAGGCAGAUUCUUAGUUGAUUUAUUGUGUUUUUGGAAGAUCCUGAUUAAAUUUGGGACUUUAAAGUGCUACUGUUUGAAUUAUUCUGGAUGUACCAAAACUUUAUAACAGUCUAAAUAUUGUAUUGUAAUUUCCCAGUAUUAAAAUACUGGUGUUAGUUGUUCAGCAAGUUAAAUGUGAUGCUGUUUAUUUAUUUUUUCCAGAAGUUGUUUUAAGCCUGUUUUCAUACAAAUAAUUGAAAUUCUGGCGUUUUGUUCAUAUGUAGAGGGCCCUUGAUCGGAAUGUGAUAGUUUAGAUUCUUAGACUACUGUGUUCAUCUAAAUACACUCCUUCAUCUUCUUCCGUUUUAAUACACUCCCAAUCAGAACCAAAGCAUUAAAUUUAAGGUAGCUGCUUUAAGUUUUAUGAGAUACUUGCUUCCAUGCAAAUAUGCAAAGAAAUACUUAAUUUAGCACAGUUUAUGUUUUGUCCUGUCAGCAACAUGUUUGAUAUCAGCUCUGAUAAUUUUGUCACAGCACACACUGUUUUCUUUUAAAAGAGCCUUUCUAGGAACUAUGUAAUCCAUAUCUAAUACAUUAUCAUGCCCAAAACUAUGCAUCUCUUUUUGCUGUUCUAUUGCUUUUGUCAUUUUAUGGAAACCCUAUCAAACAGAUUUAAAUGCAGUGCAUAAAAUGGGCAUAAUGAAGUGUAUAUAGACCAUACUUUUACUCAUACAUUUACUCAAAUGUAAAAGGAAUAAGAAAGUCAGAGCAAUUCCCCAUAAAAGAGCUGGAAUCCUUGGAACUCAACACUACAAAGCUCUUGUCUAACUUAGUUCGCAUGAGUUCUCUGUUGCUGCCUCAUUAAGCCUCUUUUCUUUUGUUUGGGUUUAUUAAUAGCUCAAGUGGAGGAAGAGGAAGAGUGUCCUAUAUUGAGCUCUCCUCUGGGAGCCAUGCUCUAUUAGCUGAUGUGCUGCACUGCUGUUUGUUCCAAAGAAAAUACUCCACUCAUUGUCGCUGUGGGACCAAGCUCACUGUCUUUGUUGGGAACAUAAGAGUGCAUCCCAGGAAAGGGUUGGUUUAGUACCAACAUCUCCUGGGGCAGAUUCUAAAUCUAGCUCCCCCUCCUUCUCUUUGAUGAACAGCUUGUUCGUUGUGCCACUAUGAGGACAAGAGAGGAAGGAGGGUUUUGAUUUGAAGCCCUGUUGUCUUUGGUACACUUUAGAUUUUUGGAAUUUUAAUGAAAGGUUUUUUUCUCUCUCUCUCUCUCUCUUUCUGCCUUCAGUGCUUCCUCUUUUUAAGGUUGAAAACAUCUCAACUAAUGAGCUAAACCUUGGUACAGUUUUAAUGCAUUGAUUAGAAAGCUGGUAGUUUGUAUUGUUUUGUUAAGCAGUUACUACUGUUGUAUGUUUAAACUUGAAGGAAAUCAGUUUAUAUAAUUUCUGUGCUUCUGUACCAACAAUAGUGUAAUAUGUGGGAAUACGUGGCAGAUACUGAAAUUGACAUUGAGUGAUAUCUUGCAGUGAAUGCCCAGCUCCUCUGCAAGGUGCUUCUGUGCUGAUGUUGUGGCAAAAGUCUCGGUUUUUUUGGGGACAAAUGUUGCAUUGUUUGCGUGAUUUUUUUCUGUCAGCUUUUAGGAGGAAUAUGCAUGGAGCUGGCCAUGGUGCUGAAGUGUCCAACCUGCUGAUGAUGCUUCAACACCAAGACCUUUAUAAUAGAAUUAGCUGCAGCAAUGUGAACCUUAUAUUGAAAUGUUUCUGCAACCAUGUAUUCUUGCACCCAAAGGGACACCUGUUAAAUGUUUUUGCUGUUUGUCUUUUUUUCUUCCUGAGGAACAAACAGGAAGUGUAUUCCGCAUAUUAUAAUCACCCACAAAUAAUGUAAAUACAUACUGCAAAAUGUUCUGAAUAAAUGGUUGCUGAUU